ACCUGUUGGCACCGUAUUGUGCGGAAUUCUGACACCAAACACGCUUUUAUUCCCACAGUUCCGCGCCAGGUCAGCCAUGCAAGUUACUCCGAGGCAAAUCAUUGGAAGACACCGUAGGAUGCUGCAAGAUCUCCCACUCGUAAAAGCCACGUACUUCGUAACCUUCUUCAUAUCAAUCUGCAGCUAGCCUUCCCUUGCCUCCUCCGUUGCACCACCUUCUUCCAUGGGUAAUCUACUCUCCCACCCCUCGCCGGGCGCCUCCGGCGGAAGAGUCGUGCUCUCCGAUGGCACCGUCCACGAGUUCGAGCGUCCGAUCCCCGCCGCCGAGCUCAUGCUCGACCACCCACGGCAGGUCGUCGCCGAGGUGCAGCUGAUCUCUGGCGGCAGUGGCAGCAGCGCUGAGCUCACUCGGCCGCUUCCCGCCGACCACGUACUGAACCCGGAGAAGGUAUACGCCAUGCUACCGAUGGCGCGGAAGAAGGCCGGGGCGUUGUCCGCCGAAGAGGUCCGCCGGAUCCUGGAAUCUCUCGGGGGGACACCCAGAAGGAGUGACAUGAAGGAUGUGGUGCUGACGGCGAAUGAAGCGGUCGGACGAAGGGAAUGGCCGGUGCCGGAGUUCUUGAUGAGGCAGCACUCAAGCAAGAGGUGGAAGCCAAGUCUACUUUCCAUAGAGGAGGGGCAUCCGAUGAGGAAGCUGCCUCACUGGUUGUUCUGAGGAGACAAGACGAAGGGACAGUCGAUCACAGGAAGAGAUACGAUGGCAUAUGUAAGGGAAAUCACAUUAGAGAAGGCACCCAUAGAUUACAUUUGGUAUGUUGAUAAUGUCAGAUAAAUGUAAUAGGCACAAUUUACUAACCACAUAAUAUAGAGGGAAGAGGAUGACUCUUAUGAGAUUGAUAUGUACAUUCAAUUAAUAUUUUAUUGGAUGAAGAUGGGUCUAUUAGUGAUCUAAAA